AUGACAACCACGCCGACCGCAGAAAAGGCGGGUACGCCGAUUUUCAAAAAUAAUCCGGAGCAGAACAGCUCUCAGUCGUCGAUAACGCUUCCGAUCCACUCGAAGUUCCGCUCCUUCGUGCACAAAAAUGAGAUACCUCGUAAAGUGUUCCACCUCUCGAUAGGCUUUGUCACGCUCUACUUGCAUUGUCACGGCUACAAGACUGCGAACACGUGGCAGCCGGUCAGCGUGGCGGUCUCGUGCAUCUUCCUUCUCGAUAUAAUCAGGUUCAACUGGCCAUACUUCAACAAGUUGUACUGUUCAACCGUCGGGUUCUUGAUGCGUGAAAAGGAGGUCAACUCCGUCAACGGCGUCAUUUGGUUCCAGUUGGGCUCUCUAAUAACCUUCAUGAGCCAUAGCCAGGACGUGGCAGUCAUGGCGAUUUUGUUGUUGAGCUGGUCAGACACUGCCGCUUCCACUGUCGGUCGCCGAUUUGGCCACGCCAGUCCUAAACUUGCCAGAGGCAAGAGCUUGGUGGGAUCCGUUGCAGCCUUCUUCACAGGGAUAAUAGCAUGCUACGUCUUUUACGGAGCCAUUGCUCCAAGAUACCCACAAUAUAGCCAAGGAUUCGAGUACGACCCUAGCACAAACAUGUUGAACCUACACACUCUCGCCCUCUUGAGUGGGUUCAUCGCCGCAGUCAGUGAAGGUAUAGAUAUUGCAGGAUUGGACGACAACUUGACUAUCCCAGUGUUGUCCAGUUUCUUCCUCUCCGGCGUCAUUAAACUAGGGAAAGCAAACUAA